AUGGCUAAACGCACCAGGAAGUUCGGGAUCGUCCUUCCUGCUAUGCCCUGUCUCUUCUCGGCCUGGGUGGGAGGGAGCAGGCGCGAAGAAAUUAACGCAGCGGGGACCAGCCGGCUGGUUUCCCUGGCCACAGAAGGGCGCCUGCAGUCCCGGGAGAACGCGCUCGCGCGCCAGGGCCCCGCCGCACCGGCGCUGCAGGAGCGCCACGGACUAGCUGAUUCUAAACAAAGUUCUGCUGUCUAUCGAUUCAAUAUUUUAAUAAAUCCUUCUGAUGUUGAAUUAGAUGCCGAACUUGGAAAUCACAUUUUACAUCAGCCUUUACAAGCUGCUCGAGUUUUUCAAUCAGUCUGUUUUAUUGCUGUUAAGACUCUCUCAUUAAUUGGACAAUUACAAACAGAAACUCAAAUUAAUAUUGUGCUGAAGUUAAUACAUUUACCUGCUCUGCCAAGUUAUGCUCUUGAUCUUAGUGACUUUCCACUUGAUUAUACAUCUCAGAGAUUUUAUAUGCUACAAGGAAUUGUGAUUGCAAUGAUGACUGUAACUAAGUAUACACAAGGUGCAAGGUUCCUUUGUACAGAUGAAGCAUGCCCCCUUUCAAAAGGAUUUCAGUAUAUAAGAGUGCAUGUGCCUGGUGCUACAGAAUCUGCAACAGUAAGAAAUGACUUUUUGUGUAAUCUCUGUGCAUCUUCACUUCAAGAAGACAGAAAAUUUAGAGUAGUUGGUGAUAAACAGAUAGUUGAAAUAAUUACCACAAAGGCACUUCAGGCUUAUCGAGGAUAUUCUAACAACCAGCCAUUUAGAUUCCAGUCUCUUACAAUUUUCCUAAGAGAUGAAUCAGUGAAUAAAAUGAAUAUAGGAAAUGAAUAUAAAAUUAUUGGAAUUCCUACAUGUGUAGAAACUGCACAAACUACUGUCUGUAUAGAAGCAAAUAAUAUAACUUUUUGUAUUCAAAAGGAUCGUAGUUUGAUUCCAGCUAACCUUGUGGAGGCAUUUGGAUUAUUGAUGAACUGCAAUGAAUCAUCUCCUUGCCACCCACUUCUUCCUGUUGUGCCACAUACUUUCAAGAAAGCCAUUGAUCCUGAAAGACUGCUUUAUGUUGCUUCUAAACAGUUCACAGCUGAAGAUUUUCAAAAGCGACUGGAUUUUGCAAAGAAUUUGAAUGUGGAAUUCAGCUCAGAAGCAGAAAGAAUGAUUGAUGGCUAUUAUCUAGCAAGUCGAAGAAUUAGAACAGAUUCUGUAUAUGGAUCAAAACUGUCAGCAUCUGCAUUAAAAUAUUUGUAA